UUUUCUUUGUCAAGUCUAUGGUAUUUGUCAAGCAUUUCGAAUGUGCUUGUUUUCACCAACCAAUUAUUUCUUUUUUAGUUUUUUCCACGUAAUAAUAUGAUAUUGUGCGAUACAUCUGUCCUGAGAGUGCGGUGCUGAGAUAGUGUCGUAGAAUAUUUACUAUAACAUCAUGGAGACGCCUACGAUGGACACUAUUUAUCAGGCCAUCAGCGCCUUGUACGAUAACCCCAAUGCUAAUGAGAAAGAGAAGGCCUCCGUCUGGCUGGGGGACGUGCAGAAGUCUAUACAUUCAUGGAAGAUAGCUGACGAGCUGCUGCAGCAGAGGAAGGAUGUGCACUCGUGUUACUUUGCCGCUCAGACGAUGCGGUCGAAGGUGCAGCACAACUUGUCGGAGCUGCCGCCUGACACGCUGGUGUCGCUGCGCAACUCGUUGGUGUCGCACCUGGAGAACACCUCUCCCGACACCAACGCCGCGCCCAUCCUCACCCAGCUCUGCCUGGCCCUUGCUGACCUCGCACUACAAAUGCCAUCAUGGCAGAACUGUAUUAGUGACCUAAUUAAAUCAUUUUCAAAUAAAAACAGUUAUGCUCUACUAGAAAUAUUGACUGUGCUGCCACAAGAAAUUGACUCAUCAACACUAAAACUUGGUGAGAAUCGUAGAGAGGACGUUAAAAGUGAAUUGAGAUCAAACGCCAACUUAGUGACUUUAUUUUUAAAGGAGAGUCUCACUAGUUCCCAAAAUACAGAUGUAGCAUUGAGAGUGAUUAAAUGUAUGACAUCCUGGAUACAGGUUAGGGCUAUAAAUAUACAGGAGGUCCCACAGAAUGCUGUGAUUGGACUGUGUUUACAAAUCCUUCGGGAUCACAAUACCAUAAAUACAUUACAUGAUGCUGCCUCAGACUGUAUAUGUGCAUUACUACAUUGCCUUGAGAAUGAUAAUAACAGUGAUGAAGUGGAAAGGCUUUUGUUUGACAGUGUGUCAGUGUUGGAAGAGAGCUACCACAUGGCAGUGGCUCAUGAGGAAGAAGAGAAGGCCUCCAACUAUGCACGAGUGUUCACAGAACUGGCAGAGUCCUUUCUUGGGAAAAUUAUCACUAGUGCUUCCAAUGGAAGUUCACAUUUUGCCAUGAGAUCCCUGGAGCUGGCACUAGUGUGUGUUGGUCACCAUGAUUAUGAGGUAGCAGAAAUCACCUUCAACCUGUGGUACAGGCUGUCAGAAGAAGUAUACCAGCGGGACUACCAGCCACUGACAGAUGUGUUCAAGCCACACAUAGAGCGGUUGAUAGAGGCUCUUGCUAGACAUUGUCAGUGUGAGCCAGACCACACACAGCUGCCCGAAGAAGGAGAUGAGUUCUUUGACUUCCGCGUGAAGGUGAUGGAGCUGAUCAAGGACGUGGUGUUCAUAGUGGGCUCGUCGUCGGUGUUCCGGCAGAUGUUCGCAGCGCUGCAGCACGACGCUUCCUGGGAGCACACCGAGGCCGCGCUCUUCGUCAUGCAGGCCGUCGCCAAGAACAUACUGCCAGAUGAAUACGAGUAUGUCCCUAAAGUGGUAGAAGCGAUCCUAUCAAUGCCGGAGAACACCCACCCAGCGGUCCGCAAGACAUGCAUCCUGUUACUGGGCGAGCUCUGCGAGUGGAUAGAGCAGCACGCCGAGUGUGUCGCGCCCUGUCUGGAGCGGCUGCUGCGUGCGCUGCAUGAACCUGCGCUGGCAUAUGCAGCUGCUGUUGCAUUACAGAACAUCUGCAAAGCGUGCCGCAAGCAGGCGGGCGCGCACGCGGCGGCGCUGCUGGCGGCCGUGCGGCUGGCGCAGCAGCUGGCGCCGCCCGCCGGCGUGGCGCUCACGCGCGCGCUGGCCGCCGCCAUCGGCAGCCUGCCCGAGGACCAGAUGAUAGUAGCGAUGCGCGAAGCCGCUUCAGUCCAAAUCUCCGGUCUGCAAGAGCUAGUUCAAUCCAACAAGAAACUCGAGAAGGGCGGCGCGGGGGACCCCGUGCUACACCUGGACCGCCUCGCGGCGCUGUUCAGGGACGUCGACGCGCCCACCACUACGGCCUCCACGAGCCACCCCUGCGUGCCCGCACUGGCUGAUGCCUGGCCUACUCUCAACGACGUUAUGGAAAAGUACCAGAAGGACGGGCGCGUGAUGGAGCGCGCGUGCCGCUGCGUGCGCUUCGCGCUGCGCUGCACGGGCCGCCACGCCGCCGCGCUGCUGCCGCCGCUGGCGCGCUCCAUGGGCGCGCUCUACGACGCGCACGCGCACAGCUGCCUGCUCUACCUCGCCAGUAUCCUAGUGGACGAGCUGGCGAGUGUGCCGCAGUGCGUGCCGCCGCUGAUCGAGUUGGCGCAGGUACUGAUGCCGAGAGCCUUCGUACUGCUGCAGCAGGAAAAUGGACUCAAGAAUAACCCUGACACGGUGGAUGACCUGUUCCGGCUGUGUAUUAGGUUCCUGCAGCGCACGCCGCUGGAGUUCCUGCAGUCGGGCGCGCUGUGCGCCGUGCUGCAGUGCGCGCGGCUGGCCAGCGCGCUGGACCACCGCGACGCCAACUCCUCCGUCAUGAAGUUCCUCUACGACCUCGCGCGCCUCGCAAGGAACAACCGCCCCGAGAAGCAGCGCAUCAAAGCUUUAGCAACAGAGACUCUGAACACAUACGGCGAGGACAUAACGUACGCGCUGAUCGAAGCGUCAGUGCUGCACCUGCACCCGUACAUGCUGGCGGAGGUGGCCGAGGUGCUGCUGGAGCUGGGCGCCUUCCAGCGCGCCGCCGGCCUGGACUGGCUGCGGCCCGCCGUGGCGCGCCUGCCGCGCGGCGCCGCCGCCACCGCCACGGAGCAGCAGUGCUGGCAGUUCCACCAGUACGCCGCCAGGGCUGAUAAAUGCAAGGAGAUGACGCGACUACUGCGCGACUUCGCGCGGCUCUACCGAUAACGCGACGCCUAGUUAGACCCUACAAAGAUAUCUAUAAUAACACGCAUUACCUAGCUAGAUGUUCUAGUCUUGUGAACAGGAUGUUAGAAAAAAGCAAUAAAUAUUUAUGAUAACGUUAACAUUGAAACAAAAUCAUUAUACUUUAAAUUAAUUAUGAUAUAAUUGGCUAUAUCAAACGUUAGAUGGCUUUGUGGGGGACAAGACUGACGCAAAUAAUACUUUAUAAUACAGACGAUUAUGUGUCCGCGUGAUCGACGCAACUCUAGCCACUGAAUUUUGUGUUUUGAUUACCUUACUUUGGAGUUGGCUCUCCAAACUCAGACAAUACACACCCCAAUAUAAUGAUUUGAAAAUUCCAACCUUAUUCACCAUCAAGAUAAUUUAACUGAAUGCUCAGUUUAACCUUUUGUUAUAGAUUUAUUUGUACUUUGAUAGAUACAUAAACCAAUGUUAAGUCGCCCUGUUGAGUUAGGUAAGUAUGGACCUUCUAUUGAUAAAUAUAUUUUGUUAUAUUAUACUCUCCUUUAUUUGAAAUGUGAUAAAGUAUGCAUUGAAUUGUAAAUAUUUAUUAAAAAUGUUUACUUUUA